AUGAAAGUCACCCUCAAAGCAACCUUCCUUCUCUCCAUGGUCCUUGCCGUGACCAUGGCGGCACCGAGUGGUCUCCGAAACUCUACUCCAAACAAUAAAGAGACUGCGAAUAAAUCUGCUCUAUCCUACAUGCGACGUCUUCUGGAGAACUUUCUGGGAGGAUUUCAGGCUGUGCGAGACGAGUUUGGCGAUCUCUCUGAAUUCUAUGUGCGGGAUGCCGGUGACGGCGCACUCUUUUUGACCAAUGCCUUUUAUGGAAAGCGAGUGGGACAGAAUCCCGACUCGGGAGCGCUCGAGUUGGUCUUUCCGCACGGAGUUCAUGAUCGUAACCACCAUCGUCACUGGUACCGUCCCGGUACCGUCACGAGGUUCCGUGUGGAGACGGCAACGAGGAUGGCAACUGCUUCAUUUUUGAGAAUCAAGCCACAGGGGAUGUCAUGUAUUCCAAUUCGGACGGGCGAUUUGACAUUUGCUGUUCUGGACAAAGGUACUCGGAUCAAGUCUGGAGGAUGUCCAACCAACCGUACUAAGAUAAGCCAAAGCAAGCAAUCGUAG